ACCACCGUGCUGACCAUGUCCACCAUCAUCACGGGCGUGAACGCCUCCAUGCCCCGCGUCUCCUACAUCAAGGCGGUGGACAUCUACCUCUGGGUCAGCUUCGUGUUCGUGUUCCUGUCGGUGCUGGAGUACGCCGCCGUCAACUACCUGACCACCGUGCAGGAGCGCAAGGAGCGCAAGCUGCGCGAGAAGCUUCCCUGCACCUGUGGACUACCCCAGGCUCGCGGGGUCAUGCUGGAUGGCAGCUACAGCGACGGGGACGUUAAUGACCUGGGCAACUACACACCAGAGAACGGAGAGAAGCCGGACAAGAUGAUGGUGCAGCUGACCUUGGCCUCGGAGAGGAGCUCCCCGCAGAGGGAAAGUCAGAGGGGCAGCCACGUGAGCGUGAGGAUUGACACCCAUGCCAUUGAUAAAUACUCCAGGAUGAUUUUUCCAGCGGCGUACAUUUUAUUCAAUUUAAUAUACUG